GAGGAACCUCAGUGAUAACACGGAUCUCCACGAGUGGCUUCCCCAAACAACACAGACAGUCAGGGCGCGAGCGGCGGGGAGGGAGGUUGUAUGGCACCUCAGUCGUGCGUAAUGAAUCCUGCGCAAGGAUCACCGCGGUCGGCCUCUCCCGGGGAGACCUCACCGGAGGACGCGGCGGCUGGCGGCGCCGAAAGCGAAGAGCUGGACCUGUCACUCGUUAGACGACGCAAAGCCAGAAGUUCAGACCUGCCUUUCAGCGUGGAGUCCAUCAUAUCGGACAGGACGCCGUGCAGGAGCCGCCUCUCCCCCGAGCCCGGCUCGGGAUGCGCCCCGGCUGAGGUGACCGACUGCGCGUCCCCGGGAGGACUGUAUGGGUCCAAACCCGAGGCGGUGGAUCUCAGCGACAAGGACGCGAGCACCUGGUUCCAGACUCCGUAUGCAUCCCCUACGAGACUCCCCAGCCCGCCUCCGUGCAACCUGCGGAAACACAAGAACAACAGAAAACCCAGGACUCCCUUCACGACCUCCCAGCUGCUGUCUCUGGAGAGGAAGUUCCGCCAGAAACAGUACCUCUCCAUCGCGGAGAGAGCGGAGUUCUCCAGCUCGCUCAGCCUCACAGAGACCCAGGUCAAGAUCUGGUUCCAGAACCGCAGGGCCAAGGCCAAGAGACUACAGGAGGCCGAGCUGGAGAAGCUCAAGCUGGCCGCCAAGCCGCUGCUCCCGGCCUUCGCCUUCCCGUUCCCCCUGAGCGCACCCAUGGGCGCCCCGAGCCUGUACGGCCCGCGGCCGGCCGUGCCCGUCCCGGGACUAUUCAGCGGACCUUACGGGAUGUACUACCUGUCCUAACUCUCACUCACUUUAAGAGGCUUCGUUGGGGAGAGCUGGUUUUUUUUUAAGCCUUCAUGCAGCAAAUAACCAACCUCGUCCAUCUCUUCAUUACGUCUCAAAUUAAAGAUUUUUAUUCUAGUUUAAAAUGGUACAAUAUUAAUGUUUUAAGCAGUUAUUUCCAACUGAACAAUUGAAAGAAAAGUAUAUACAUUCCAAUCUUUUUUCAUUCUCCUAUAAAGUAAGCAAUAAUGUGAAUCUCACGAUUUGAUAAUUUAUUUCUAAGUAAAAAAAAGUUAUUUUUACAGUAUUUUCGGGAAAAACCUCAUAACCUGGGCUCAGUUUCGAUAGAGUUUAUAUCUUUGCGUGUAUCCUGCGCUUUUCUGUACCAGCAGAGGCAAUUUGAUAAACAUUUCAGUUCAUGUGAUUUUAUUGUCCCGACAGAAGACGACUGUGACUUUUUUAAAAGUCUUGAUAGCUUUUCGCCGAGAGCAAUAACUAAAAGACGAACCAUUGAAGAGAGUGUGUUUUUGUUUUGUUUUUGUAGCCCAGUUGCCUUUGGAAAAUACACCUUUCAACACCCUCUACAUUUACGGCUUUAGUAUUUUUUUAUACACAUUUGUAGCCAUGAAGUCCACUAAACAGGGUGAUUUCCAAGAAGUAUUUUCUCCAAAGCUCAAUUUAGCUUCUUCCUCUGUGCCACAGUGCUCCAUUGUUAUCCAAAAACUAUUCACUCAUCACAUGGCACAGUUGUUCUCAGCCAUAUCGUGACUAAAAACAGAAGCACAACAGUUUAUAUAGAGGCAGCUUCAAAAAUGACACACUGAGCACCCAACUUCCAGAAGAGACAUCAAAGUUUCAAAUUAAUUUUAAUUUUUAAGGAUAUUUCUAGAUUAUAAAAAAAUAUCUAAGUAUAUAAUUUAGUAUUCUUUCAGCAAAAAUCCAAAUAAAAAAAAAUAGACUGAUAUAAUUUACAAUUAAGAACAAUUACAUAGGAUGUGUGGAAUUAAUUUUUCAGCAUUGUCAUUUGAUGAAAAGCACAAAAACAUAACGGAUGAAAACAAAUAUGCUGAAUCUACAUUUAAACAAUAUACUCAUAUUUACAGCAGUCCACAUUUUUAUCAAAGUGCUCAUUGGUGCCUUUUAGUCAUCAAGAAGUUUGUCAGUGAGAAUUUAUUUGUUCCUCUUCAAUGCUGUAAAGUCAACCAUGAAGCAUAACGUACAAAACAAAUAUAUUUUCUUAUGAAUCUACUCAUGUAAACAUAGAUUCCACUUUGCUUUACUGUUCUCGUUACCUCCGAAGGAUGUUUUUUGCACAGAUGUCAGUAGCUCUCCAAACCAUCCAGCUUAUUUCUUAAAUGUAAAUAAAAGUCCUCGACUAUUUUUUUCAAACACUCGAAGUGCUAAACAUGGCUGAUGAGCUCACGUCAGUCGCUGGUGUACAGUGUAUUUUAUAUUCGAGGAGUGAAGAUGUGUUUUGUACAAUUAUUAAAGUCUAUUA